GAAAAUAAUUAAACCUGGUUUUCCGGGUUUGCUUAGAGUCAUUGCUUUCUAAGGCAAACAAAAAUGAGUCCUCCUCCUUCAUUCCAACAACAACAAGAUGACCACCAGCACCACCACCACCCGCGCCAUCAUCCGAUACAACACUUGGUGAAGCAAGAGGUUCCGGCCGUCACCACCACCACCACCACUGAUAAUAACAAUAGUAGUGUCAAUUAUGCAAGGAUGUCUCCAUCCUCCUCGGUCAAGAUCCAAAAGAACUCUCACAUGAUUAAGAAAUCGAUACCGGUAUCGGGUUCUUCGAUUAAGGUUCAUAAUAAUCAACAACCACGAGGCCCGGUUAUCAUAUAUACACACUCUCCUAAGGUAAUCCACACCAACCCUAGGGACUUUAAGGCCUUGGUUCAAAAGCUUACCGGUAUGUCCAGCAACAAGGCGGCGGCGAUAUCGAAGGACCACCCUGAAUCUGGUGUCAGGAAUGGUGGUCCCGCCGCCGUGCCACAACACCAUCCUGUUCCUGACAGCAAAAUGAAUAAUAAUAAUAAUAAUAACAAUAAUAAUAAGAGCAGCAGUUAUACUAGUACAGAUGAUAAUGAAUCAUCGUCAGUGAUCACAGACGAGAAUUCGAAUUCGAAUUCGAAUUCAAAUUCAAGCAGCAGUAUUACCACCACGGCCACGGGUGACGUCGUUGGCCAUGAGAUUAAUCCUUAUAUGUGUCCGCCGAUGUUUGAUCUGCUGCCAGCGCCGCCUAACCUGCCGAUGUUCAUGCCUAGUUCAUCAGAUAUGUUAUGCUCUACUGCUGACCCUCCCACCUAUGAUUAUAUGGAUUUUAAUUUCCCUUAUGAUCACAUUACUUAAAUUUUAUGGAUUUUAAUUUCCCUUAUGAUCUUUUUUUUUUGGCAAAAACAGUUUUGGGACGACGAUACAUUGUUUUCGAACGAACAUGCGUCAACAAUUCAAUUUUGGGUGUUGCAUUUGAGUUUAUAUUGAACAACUUUUGUCAUUCAAUUUUGGUGUUGCAUUUGAGUUUAUAUUCAACUUGCUCUAGUAGUGUUGUGGUUCCUUCAUUAAUUCAUUUGAUGGAUUGUUGCAAAGAAUUACAGAUUUUUCUUAAAUGUUAUUCCAGGGUGCGUUCUAAUCAGAUCUAAUAAA